UUGAAAAGGCUAACUUGUAAUGUGGAACUGUUGGAUUUUAGGAUUAUUGUUUGCAUUGCCGCUGAUGGCAAUUGCAGGAGCAACGGAGCCCACUAAGCACGUUGUGUGCUACCAGGGCACUUGGUCUGUCUAUCGGCCGAAGGAGGGCAAGUUUGGUGUGGAGGACAUAGAUCCGUUUCUGUGCACACACUUGGUAUACGCCUUUCUGGGCAUACAGGAGAGCGGCGAGCUGCGUGUCAUAGAUCCCUAUCUAGACCUGGAGGACAAUGGAGGUCUUGGCAACAUCAAGAAAUUUAAUGCGCUCAAGCUAAAGAACCCCACGCUGAAAACGCUGGUCGCUGUUGGCGGCUGGAAUGAGGGCUCCAAACGCUUCUCGAUUGUGGCCAACGAUCCGGAGAAGCGUUCGCGUUUCGUUGAGCAAGUCGUUCAGUUUAUCCAACGGCAUGGUUUCGAUGGACUGGACCUGGACUGGGAAUAUCCAGGACAGCGGCAUAAUCUGAACGAGAACAACGAUCGCGAAAACUAUGUGGCUCUGCUCAAGGAACUGAAGGCGGGUCUGAAUCCCUUUGGCUACAUACUCAGCGCUGCUGUGGGCUCAGCAGAGUUUUCGGCCAGCAUAUCGUAUGACAUACCAGCCAUAUCUGAGUACUUGGAUAUAAUUAAUGUAAUGGCCUACGACCUGCACGGUCCGUGGGAUGAAUCUGUGGGCAUCAAUGCGCCCUUAUAUGCGGGCGCAAACGAUACGACGCAACGGGCACAGCAGCUGAACGUGGAUGCAGUCAUCACGUAUUGGAUAGACUCUGGAGCGCCGCUUGAGAAACUGAUACUCGGAGUGCCCUUUUAUGGUCGUACCUUCACACUAGCUUCGGCCGAGGAUCAUUUGCCCGGUGCAGCGCACAUAGGACGCGGCAUAGCUGGGCCCUACUCACGGGAGCCGGGCGUACUGGGCUACAAUGAGCUGUGCGAGCUCUUUCAGCGCGAGCAAUGGACGUUGGGCUGGGAGGCAAUGCAACAAGUGCCAUUCGCCUUCAGGGAGCGCCAAUGGGUGGGCUACGAGAACACGAACAGCUUGAGGCUAAAAGCACAAUAUGCCAUGGAUCACAAACUGGGCGGCAUCAUGAUUUGGUCUCUCGAGUCGGACGACUUUCAUGGCAGCUGUGGCGGCGAAAGUUUUCCCCUGCUGCGCAAUAUAAACCGGGUGCUCUUCGGGAGGGACAAUCCGACUGGACUCGCAGGUGAGAAGCAGCAGCCAGCAGCAGCAGCUCAGAGCGGAGGAGGAGUCGCUGAGUCCAGCUGCCACGACAUCGACGGCUAUGUGAAGGAUCCCAACAACUGUUCCAAGUUCUAUUACUGCAGCGGCGGUGCCACUUUCAUGUUCAACUGUCCAUCGGGUCUGGUGUUCGAUACCAACACAAACAGCUGCAACUAUGUAGAUCUAGUAGAAUGCUAAUUGCACAGCCGAAAGAAUUUAUUAUUUACUGACUAUUUACCAUAAACUGGAAUGUAUACAAUG